CAUUCUCUUCAAUCUUCUCCAACGGCCACCUCUUUCCACCACUGUUGCUGCCGCCCCCAAUAUCUCUCUCAUUCGGUCAUUCCUAGUUCAUUGUCUCAAUUGGCUCAACGUUCUUCUAUUCCGCGAUGACAUAAUUUUUAGAUUGUUCAUUUGUUUGCUUUUUUUUUUUGUGAGUUUCCAAUUGUUUGUUUUAGCAAAUCUAGGGUUGAAGUUUGGGGAUUUUUGGGAUCGUGGCUGUCUUUCUUGACAUUGUCGGUGGUUUGUUGCUUGGUGGUGGCUUUUGGGUCUUUAGAGAGAGACAGAGCCCUUGGAACCCAGGCUUGGAGUCUUUGACGUCGUCGUUGGGGAAGUAAAACUUGACAGGGAUGAGUUCGAUCAGCUUGGCGUAGAAGACAACGCUGUUGUUGUGAAUGAGGGCUUGAGGUAGGCGGUGCCGUGUUUCUUCUGCUGUUUUUAAUAUUUUUUUUCCUUUUUUUAAUGAUACUGUAUAUUACGAGGGUAAAUUAGUAAAUUUAAAAAAAAAAUUGGAGGAAUUUGAACGUUAAAAAGUUAAUCUAGCAGUGUUUAGUUGAUUUUUAAUGAACAUAUCAUUUUCAUCUUUGGCUUGCAUCAGCUUUGAUUUUUCCCCUCUUGCUGUUUGAGAGUUUUUUAUCUCUUGUUUUUUCUGUUUGCUGUUUUUCUCUGGUUCGUUUUCUUCUUUGCUCAUAUAUAUAUAUAUAUAUAUAUAUAUAAUACCCAUGUAUAUGCGUGAAGGUUGAGAGGAAAUAUCCGAGAAAUUUCUAUAUAUUUAUUAUUAAUUGUUCAAGCAGAAAAGUCAUGUAGCAUUGACUUAGCCAAAGCCAACAUAUUCCAGAAAUUUCAAUCUAUUAGUCUGAGACACCUCAAACAAUUGAGAUCUCUCUCUCUCUAUCUGGCUCAGAAGAUUGUGAAAUUGUUGCUAAAUUAAUCAAAAAAAUGCCUUGGCGUUUCCAAUUCAGAACAGCUUGGGUACCUCUGUCUCUGUUCUUCCAUGCUUUCACUCUCUCCCGAAUGAUGUCCAUCACAGAAGCUAAAUACACAGAAGGAUGGCCAAUUAAAAAACCGUUGAUUAUCGGAGUUCCAAUCAACACCUUUUCUGACCAGUUUGUAAGUGUUAAAAAAUCCGUCAACAACCCAGAUGAGAAGAUAUAUACUGGUUUUUGUAUCGACGCCUUUAAGGAGGCAGUCAAGAAUUUGAGUCCCACUCAUUAUCAUCUACGCCACAAGUUUGUGGAGUUCAAUGGCAGCUAUGAUGAUUUAGUUUCUUUUGUCGUCAACCAGACUUUUGAUGCUGCGGUGGGAGAUAUAACAAUACUUGCUCACCGGUGGAGGGUCGUGGAUUUUAGUGCUCCAUUUACUGAAUCAGGUAUACGGAUGAUAGUUCCAAGGAUGCCCCAAACUCGCAACGCAUGGUUGUUUUUGAAGCCCUUCACCAAGGAAUUGUGGGUAGCGACUAUGGCCAUUUUGAUGUACACAAUGUUCAUAUUUUGGUGGUUAGUGUUUCGCUCCAAUCAAGAAUUCUGUGGUCAAUGGACGGACCAACUCAGCACUGUACUUUGGUUCACCUUCUCUACACUUCUGUUUGCUCACAAGGAAAGGAUUCAACACAACUAUACUCGAGUGGUGAUGGUGGUGUGGCUUUUUCUGGUGUUGAUCUUAACACAAAGCUACACUGCCAGCCUCACUUCAAUGCUCACCGUCUCAGGACUUGAUCAAAAUGUAGACUCACUCAAGAAGAGCAAUGCCGUAGUUGGUUGCUACGGCAAUACCUUUGUAAGAGACUACUUGGAGAAUGUACUUCAUUUCAAAAAGGACAACAUCAGGGAAGACAUUGCCACCCAAUCUCACUACGCCGACGCUUUGAAGAAUGGCAGUAUCUCAGCGGCAUUUCUUGAAGUCCCUUAUGCAAAAGCUAUUGUCAAUCAACACUGCAAUCAACUUACGGUCACAGGACAAACAUAUAAAUUCGGAGGAUUUGGCUUUGUCUUCCAAAAAGGUUCCCCUAUUGUUGACGAUGUCUCUGCAGCCAUUCUAAGAUUAAUGGAGGAUGGCACACUCAAAAAAUUGGAAGAUGAGUACUUCGCUCCCUCCUCGGAUUGUUCAAACUUUCAGACUGCCAAAAACAACAGCCGCUUGAGCCUUCAGAACUUCUGGGCUCCAUACAUCUUCUACAUAGCCAUUUCCACCAUUUGUUUAGUACUAUUCAGCAUUCACUCACUGAACAAUCAGCGUCACCGCCAUAAAAUACUUCUUCAAGAAUGUGACAUCACCCACGUAAGUGCUCAGAAAAAGAUACUUCCAUUCGCGCAAUUCUCGAAUAAUAUUGCAGAUUCAAGAGAUCGUAGCUGGGCUCCAAUCUCAGAUCAUGAGCCUAUUUAUUCUGUAAUUCGCUAAUUAAACACAAACACCUAGCUAUGUUGUUUAUCUAGAUAUAAAAAUAAGAAGAAUUCGAAGAACGUACUGAUUUUCUGUACAUUAGCCAAUAUGUUUGUAAACACAAAUUUCCUGUCUGAAAAUUUAAGAACAUUCAAUUU